CGCGAACAUGGCGGCCACACAAAAAUGAGAAAAUGUGGUCUAUUCCGUUAUUUCUUUACCCACCGUAAAAGACUUCGUCUUCUCUUAUUAUGGAUAGACCGCAAUUGCCCUUCAUCUAUAUUGUAAUGAUCCCAGAGUAAUCAUGGACUUCUUGUUAGAUCAAACAGAAGGCGCUGAGAUGGAUGCGUCCCUCUAUUAAACUAACGGUCAGAAGACUAUCUAGAUUGCAAGAAGCAAGAACAGAUUCGACGUCUCCCUAGGGCGAUGCAGCUGCACUUCUGCAUCACGGGCAGUGACUAGCAGAGGGCACAUGGCAAAGCUCGAGGCUCACCUGGGCAAGCGCAGCUGACUAAGUGGCCUCCCUAGGUAGGCAUUCGAUCAUCACUGUUCUCGGAGUCAACAACAGAGGAACGAGAAACCUUGCGGCGGACAAACACCAAAGCGCAUUCUAUCAUUUUUACAUUCUACAAGAUGUCGCUCUUUAACUCAGUUUCGGGUUUCCUAUCGCCAAUCCCGAAAUCUUUUGAAGAUCCACAUGCUCACGAGCAUGAGCUACCGCUCUACCACUCACCUCCAUCCUCGCCGCCUAUACCGCCGCCGAUUGCUUCUACCGUGUUGUGGAGCUCUCCCCUCACUUUCCGUCGCGUUCCCGAAGGAUUGCUUGUAAUCCAGCGCAAAGCCCGUUACCUGGAGCAACAGCUACAGGAGCUACUCGAUGCGCAAUCGGAACAGCUGUUCGAUACAGGAGAAGUGGAUGCAACUUCUGCGCGGGAUUAUGCCAUAUCUACCGGUAGUACGACACCGACGCUCAGCAGUCUGCGUAGUCAGUCGAGGGAUGAGGGCUCCUCGAGCCCCAGGUCCGGCAGCAUAAAGAGGCGUCCAGAGCUAGGCGCUGCGAGACGAGGCAUCCGUACCCGAUUAAAGAGAUUAGCGCACACAAAAGCUGAAGAACAUGAAUAUCUUGAGGAGGAUCUUCGGGAGCUUCAAGGGAUUAUAGACACAUUAGAAGACUGGAAUCAGAGACGGUCGCGUCUUCAGGGUCGAAUCAGGCACAUCGAGGGUAAGAGCCAUGAUGCGAGGUCGGAUGCACUUCACGCAGAAGCAGCUCGGCUUGCACGCGAAAUCAGGUUGAAAGAAGAGGAGUUAGCUUCGCUGAAACGGCGUCAUCGAAAGGUUCUCGAUGAACUUGCAGAUGUGGAGAACUCGGUUGAAGCCAAGUUAUCAUCUUAUAAGAACGCACUCUCAUUUCUGGACAAGGAGAUACAGACAUUUCUCGCCAAACCGCCGAACACCAGGCACGUUCCCACUUCAAGCACACCAUUUUCUUCUCUCCCGGUAGAGCGACGGACACUGGAAAUGGCUCUCGAAUACUGGCAGGAUGAGCAAAAGCGUUUGACGACAGUCUUGCAGGAAGUUGACAGAGAACGAGCUGCUUUGGAGGAAGGGGUUCCGUUCUGGGAUGACAUCGUCCAGAAGGUGACCAGCUAUGUAUCAACAGUACGGGAACAAUCGGGCGGACGUGUGAGAGAUCCUCAGAGCCUCAUCGCGGAACUGGAGAGUACUAUUACCUAUCUCGAAGACAAGCUAGAGUAUGCUUCGUCCAGGAACUGGAACCCCCUUGUCUGCGCCAUCCAAGCCGAAUUAGAAACGCUCAAGCAAGCCAAACCAAUACUCCAAGAAAAGCUGGGAAUACCAAGCAAGAAGGGGAAGGAAAAAAUGGUCCAGGUAUCUGACACGGAGGGUUCCGCUGCCGAAGAUAAUGUGGAGGGUCUUUUUCAGUCUCGUCGCCGCAGCCACACUCCCCAGGCAGGCAACGGAUUGACCUCGGAGCAACGAUAUUUUGAUGACGAUGGGGAUCCGGAUCCCAAUCUCUUGAUUUCCCACGAUACGGACACAGACUAGGAAGAUGUGUCGGCACCGGCGUAACUGUCCUGUAUACUUUGCCCGGCUUUCGCGGUCCUACAAACGCAGACACUGACCAAUCUCAGCUGCUGGAGUCUCUUCUGUGAUCGUAGUCGAACACUGUUGUUGACGGGAUGUUGGUAUUCUUUGUAAGGGAAGAAGUAAUAUUAAUAUAUCAAGCCUCGGAUUGUCCCACCCUGGAUAGAGAUCCAUGCUCUGUCACUCUGCACUGUUAUAGUCAACUUGCAUUACCCCGCCUGCUACUUGUAUCCUCCCCAGGGGUGGUCAU